GUUCAUGACGGCGACAUGAGCUGCAGAAGAAAACAACCUGAUCUCUUCAACUCAGAAAACACAGGAAAGCCACAGAAAGACAGUUUGUUCGCUCUUCGAGUCGUCUUUCUGGAUGAUAGUGAGCAUGUUUUUGAGAUGGAGCAAAGGGUGCUGGGAAAGGAUUUCUUCAACGCAGUAUGUGGACACCUUAAACUUGUUGAAAAGGAAUACUUUGGGCUCGAAUUUCGACAUCAUUGUGGCAGUUUUGUUUGGCUGGAACUGCUUAAGCCUCUUGCAAAACAAAUUAAAAAAAGAAAUGGUGUGACCUUCCGCUUCAUAGUGAAGUUUUUCCCACCAGACCCAGGACAACUGCAGAGAGAGCUGACCAGGUAUCUGUUCGCACUGCAGAUCAAACAGGAUCUGUCCAAUGGCAGUCUGACCUGUAACGAUAACAGUGCUGCUUUACUGGUUUCCUAUCUUCUCCAGGCAGAGAUCGGGGACUAUGUCGAAGAGCUGGACAAGCAGCAUUUGGAAAACAAGAGGUACAUCCCAAACCAGGACUGCCUCCACAGAAAGAUCACACGCUUCCAUAAGAGACACAGAGGUCAAUCCCCAGCUGAAGCGGACAGUCAGCUGCUCGAGGUCGCCCGUAAACUGGACAUGUACGGUAUCCGACCUCACACAGCCAGCGAUGGAGAAGACAUGAGGAUCAAUCUGGCUGUCACUCAUUCUGGAGUGCUGGUUUUCCAGGGAAAUACCAAAAUAAAUUCUUUCAGCUGGGCCAAUAUUCGUAAACUCAGCUUCAAGAGAAAACACUUUUUGAUAAAACUUCAUGCACCGAUUGUGGCGUCCUGUAAGGACACCGUAGAAUUUGCCAUGGCCAGUCGUGACGUUUGUAAGGCCUUCUGGAAGAUGUGUGUGGAGUACCAUGCCUUCUUCCGUCUGUCUGAAGAACCGAAGGGCAAACAAAAAUCGCUCCUCUACAGCAGGGGAUCUUGCUUUAGAUACAGUGGAAGAACUCAAAAGCAGCUGUUGGACUUCGCGAAGAAAUCUGAGAAGAAGAACUUACCUUUUAAGAGAAGGUACUGUAGAGACUACUAUAAUGACCGACAAUGUAGAUCCUCGCCUGACCUGCUGACUGAUGUUUCCAAGCAGGCAUACGAGCAGUCGUGUGGUUUUCCUCAUGCGGGCUGUGCUCCAGGCGGGAAGCGGAGUCAGUCGGCCGUGGAGGUUCUUGUCUCGUCCGAGUUCGAGGAUUCUCAGGCGUCUUCCCUUCAGCCAUUCCACUCGGAGGCAGACGCAGGGCCUGAUGUACAGUGGGUGCACAGGAGCGACCGGAGAGCCCGGUGCAGAUGCUGCGCUUCACAGCGCGACCGUCCCAACAGACGGCAGCUGGUGCUGCUUUACCCAAACCACCCUCACACCUGCCUGCACCUUCAUCCGGUACCACUGGUGCCGGUGUGUCCGCUGAGCGCCUCGUUUGCUCUGGAUCACGCUUGUGCUCCAGUCCUGCUGCCGUGCUGCAGUCACACCGCUCAUCAGCCAUCGCCCGUGUGCUUUCUAGACGACGCUGUGCGCUCUUCCAGCUUCUCCGGAUCCUCGUAUGGCUCCCCGGCCCUUAUAAACUGGCAGCAGUAUUCCGGCGUCGGUUGGUCUACGGUGCUUGGAGCAGCGCCAGGCUUUUACUUAGCGGGUAGCUUUGGAGACAGAGAUUGCAAAGACUUUGACAGGGAAGAGUUAGGCCACUUCAGCGACGACUGCAGCUACCAAACGGGACUUCCUCGCCGCUCGUACAGCCAGUCUGACAUGAAGCUGUUAUGUGAGCCUGCCGAGUUUCGACCACUGGGUCACUAUCCUCACCUUUCACGACGGCAAGGCCUCUCACGGCCUACGUACCUGCCGCUGCACUCGUCUCUCCUGCCGGAGCGACCGACAGAAGGAAGCCGGUCAGAACUGAGUCACAGUGACUCGGACUCGGACGCCGUAUGUUCGUCCUACUGCCCCGGGCUCAGCCGACUGGUGCGGUCUGGGCCUCUGGCACGCAUGCGCAUUUCCUCUGGUAGCUUACAGCUGGAUGAAGAGGAACAUUUGUCUAGUAAUGAAGAAGGUACAGCCUCUGCAUCAGCUGUCAAAGCUAAACACAAGUCCUGAGUUACACAGGGAACAUGGACGACUGUGUACUACAACAAAGUCAUUCAGUUGCACCCAAGGAGGGUUGUCAGUUUUUCACAACAAAACCCAUCCAAUUGCUACUCAAAACUAGCCCGAUUGCGUUUCGGGGGGAUUCUCCGGUUCCAGGGGGUAAAAUUGUUUUUGGCAGGGUUCCCCUGGUAAAAUUCACAUUCCAGGGGUUAAAUAUCAUGUUAUUUGGGGUCGCUUCAACCCACGGACAUGAAAAACAACCCGCGGCAACAGUGUUAAAGUAGCCCAAUUCCAAGGGAAAACUGCGCACUGCACCCAAGUGUGCUGCACAAGUCCUGAAAAGUGAAGCCAAAGCAUUUCGAUCACCCCCUGGUGGCCGGCUGCAGUAUCGAAUGGGACACGAGCCAAACUUCCAAAGAUUAUUUCUGUCAUUUUAGGUAGCUCUUAUGACAUAGAUGUAUGUUCAAGUGUUCGUUUUCCCAAUAAAUUUGGUUUUAGUUAGUUAUUAGAUGCUAGAAAAACGGGAUGUAACUUCAUGAUUGACAGCUGUGCUUGCGAAUGAGUCUGCGGGAGUGUGGGCGGGACCUUGAUGCCGCGGCUCCAAACGACGUAAUCAGCAACGACUGUUACUGGGAUAUUUUGGCUUCAUUUUUCUACAGUGGAAGGAAUCGGAGCGGCAUUUUUUUUGUAAUUUUUUUACAGUCUGAUACCAUCUAGCCAACUGCAUUAGCCAUAUUAUAACCCUAAAGCCUGACAUAUGAAAUAUAACAGUCAGGAAAACAGUAGUGGCCAAAAAUGACAUCUUUACCCUUUUCUCAAAUAUUACUGAAAAUUUGUUAAAGAUUUUGUAAUCAUAUUUUGUGUUUGGAGUCAAUUGUUUUAUUUGUGAUAACGCAAUGAAACAUAAGAAAUUGUGCGGACAUCAUCUUUGGCCAGUUUGUCGUACAAAGAAAUGAUGAACACAAGAAAAACAAGAGAGAACCAACAAAAUAUUAAUAACUGAUUAUGUUGUAGAUGAUGCAUACUUUUUCCUGUCAGCUUUUUGUUUUUCUAUGCAUUUUUUUUUUUUGCAUAGUAAAAUAAAACCUGUAGCUGUAGAUUGUUUUUUCUUGCCAAAUAUUAGUUUUAGAUAAAUGCCUUAACCAAAUUUAGUGUUUUGUUUUUCCUUCAUAUUUAAAAAAAAUCUAAAAUAUUUUCUUCAUAUUUUGAUGGUUUAAUCGAACUUGUAGGGUCAUUAAAAACAAAUAUCCCCUCCAGACAUCACUUUUGGCCACUAAUACAGUUUCUUUUAAAACAUAGUUUUUAUUCAGAGGCUCAAACUGAGCAAAAAUAUGCAGUAUGGUGCAGCUGCUGUUAUUUAUAUGGACAAAAAAUAAGAUGAAAUUCUGAUAGCUUGUGAUGUAAAAUUAUACAUGGCUCUAUAUCUCCCAAUAAUAUAUUUAGUAAGAUGAUAUUUAAAUGCUCUGUAGUUUUUAUUGUGGGGGGCAAAAGAUAUGCAAUGCAAUACAAUGAUGACUGAGAGAUAUAAAAUGUUCCUCAAAAGCCUGAACAUAUCCAGUAUUUAUACAACCCGAAUUCCAGAAAUGUUGGGACUUUUUUUUAAAUUUGAAUAAAAUGAAAACUAAAAGACUUUCA